UAUUUUGAAAAUCAAGCCCGUAAUAAUAUGUUCCAACAUAGAGGCGUGUGAAUGAAAUAAAGUGAUACGUUAUAUAUUUUAUGUUUUUUAUUCACAUUAAAAACUGACGUACUGGUAUUGUAUAUGUUGGUAUUAUCUGUGAUUGGUAUGCCAACAUGGUGCUUUUGGAGAAUGAGAGCUUUUUAACCGAACUGACUUGGAUGUUUCGGAAAGCACGAAAUAGUGGAUCUGUUACUGUAACUAUGAAAAGUGUUUCUUAUAUGUUGUUGUUAGAUGAUGGUCGAACGAAACCUACACCCCGAGACGGGAAGAAACCAUUUCCUGAGCCAUCUGAAUACAUGUGCUUAAUGAGAGCUACAUUAAGGAAUAAGAAAAUUAGCACUGUUGUACAUCCUAAGGAAGUAAACAAAUUUCAGCAGGCAUACUGCAAUUUGCUCAAAGGAAAUUUGGAUGGUUUGAAGAAACUGAAGAAAACUAAAACAAAGGCAAAGGCAACACAGUGAUUUGUUAUGCAAAUCUUUGACUUUUUUCUCCAUGUACGGCUUAUGAUAUUUUUCAGUUUACUCUAUCCACUUUCCAGAACAGACAAACUAGUUAUGCCAGUUUUUGGAAGUGCAUAUAAAACAAGUUUCACACAUUCACAUUCCGUAUAGUGGUUUGUGAAGACAGAACGGACAUUUAUAGUUAUAUGCACCUGUUGCAUCAGUCUGAGAUGUUUAGAACAAAAUGUGGUUAAUAACUUAUAUAAUAUAAAUUCAUUUGCUUGAGACAAGAAAUUUGUUUUAUUUUUACAUUUCACAUUUGAUAUUGUUUUGGGAUCUGAAUUUUUCUUUUGUUUGGUUUUAUUUGUCAAAUGUUUGACAUGAAAUUUAUACAAACUUAAGUAAAACUUAUUUGGAAUGUGUAUUAUGAAACGGGUUAAAUCAAGAGUUGCAUUAAAAUGUUUUCCUUGAA